AGAAGGCCCCAAUGGCGGGCCGGUGUCCAUGGUGGCAGAUCCCACCAGGCCACCUGUGCCCACCUGCCGGCCUCCCCGUGGCCUCCUGGCUCCUCGGCUGGCUCCUGUUGCCCUGGACUCCGCAGCUGGCAGGAGGACAGUCAGUGACCCACACUGGCCCUCCCAUUGUGGUCUCCCUGGCCAAUAGGACUGUGUCCUUCAGCUGUAGCAUCACCUACCCGUAUACCCCAGAAUUCAAAAACUUCAAGGUCAAAUACUUUCACAAAGAUCUCCGGGGCCAGCGGAGCUCUGAAAAGAACACUGGCUGCAUGCCUGGCCCGGGCACAGAGAACCAGACCUCCACCUUGGAGUGCAAGGUCACCUCCGUGUUGCAGGACUCAUCAGCCACUGGCACCUACUACUGCUCUGUCCACUGGCCACACUCCACAGUGAAUGGCGAUGGCACCUUCAUCCUGGUCAGAGACACAGGGUAUCGAGAGCCCCCAUCUAGUCCCCAGAAGGCCCUGCUCUUUGCCUUCACUGGCCUCCUGACCAUCCUGAGUGUCCUGGGCACGGCUCUGCUGCUCUGGAAGAAGAAACAGAUGCAACUUCCAGGUUGGCACCCCACCAAGAAGUGCUCAGAUCCAGGAUGUGCUGGCAGCCCCAAGCAGCCUCCCCCAGAGUCCGUCUACAUGGCCCUGCAACGCCGAGAGACUGAGGUCUACGCCUGCCUGGAGAGUGAGGAUGGCAGCCUGCCCACCACCCAGGGCCCUCUCGCCCAGGAGAAUCUGCAGAGACCUGAGGACAACAGUGAACUCAACCUAGUCUAUGAAAACUUCUAGAUGAGCCCCACUGCCCAUGGAUCAGAGGCCCAGGGCAGCCCCUCUGUCCAAAGACUUGCCCUGACCCAGGAGUAGGCUCCCAGGAGCACCCCAUCACCUCACCCUCACAUCCAAAGCCCUUCUGGCCACACUCAGGGCCCUUGACCAGCCACACCUCCCCCACUCCCCACCCUGCUUCCCCGGCCCCAACCACCAAGUGUUUCAUGCAUCUUUGGCCUUUGCCCAGGCUGUUCCAUCUACCAGGAGGGCCCUUCCUCCCCUGACCAGCCAGUCAAGUGCUACUCAGUCUCUGAGGGCUAGAUUGGACACCUCCUAUUCCUGGAGCCUUCCUCAUCCCCUCACACCUGGCAGAGGGGUGCAGGUGGCUCCCUCGGCAUCAGCCUGUGCCAGGAAGAGCCUUAUCUGGUGAAGUAGAGAGUGGAGGACCACCACCCAGUCACCAGCGGGGAACAAGGGACUGGUGUGGGAGGCAUGGUGUGUGGGCAAGGAAGAUAAACCUCCCAGAGGUGGGGCUAGGCUUGGGGGCAAAUCUGGAGGUGAAGGACACAGCUGAUGGCGGUUGGCAGGCUGGGCACCUGCAGGGGCCAGGUGCAUGCGGUGAGGAGGCAGAUGAGAGGGAUGGGGAGGAGGUGCGGGCCCUGGGCUUUAUACUCCUACUUCUGGCCCUUUGCUCCCUGGGCCUUCCCUUCGUGGCCUCACUGCCCCUCCUCCAGUCCAAGGCCCAGCCCCCCUCCCAAGUCCCCUCAUCUGUCCUAUCCCAACCCUACCACCUGAGGCUCCUCCAGUCCUUCUCUGUCUAUCUGCCUUAGGCCCCUUCCCUCCUGCCUCGUGGACUGAAGCCCCAGCCCCCUGAGGCCACCUCCCUCCGUGGUGGUCUAGUUAUGUGGCUUGGCACCCAUGGGCAGAGGGCAGGUUCCACCUCGUGGGUCUCCGGGGAUGGUGGUUCCUCAGCACCACUCUGAGUGGUUUCUGCUGUGCCCAGCACCCACUCGCCCUCAUUUCCCCUCACGGCAGCCCUGCAGCGCAUUCGGAGACCCAUCCCCAGGCAGACAGGGGUCUGUGUGGCGUAGCUCUCCGGCUCUGCUCCCUCUCCGCUCUCCUGCAUCCCGCCCUGGCCCUUCCCACUGUUGGUUCAUUUGUGAAAGGGACAGGUUGAUCCUCUCUCCCCACCUCCUGGGCUGCCCUGAGCUCCAAAUGUGCCCAUGGAGGGCACACAACCCUGGCAGGCCUUGACUCCAGCCCCCAAGCCGCAUUGGCACAGAAAGGCCGGGGACCUGGGUGCUGGGUGCAAACUGACCUCUGGAAGAAGUCCCCUGUGCCCUCUACUAGAGUGGCACCAGGCUUCUCUGGGUCCAUAGGACAGCCAGGGGCCUUCCAACUUGAUUCUGGGCCCCAGCCUUCAGGUGCACAGCAAGGAGGGCUCUUAGUGGGAUUAGCAGGCUGGGUGGGAGGCCCUAGCUCCCCAGGAGGCUGGUUUUAAUGAACUCCAUGCCUGCUCAGGAGGUGACGCUACCUUGGGCACAGCUGCCUCCCGGGCUCCUGAGUCCAGCAGGCUUAUGGAGUUUCAAGGAAGAGCAGAUGGGAACACCAGCCCUAUGGCCUCUGCAGGACCCCGCCCCCAAACCCCAGGGCAGGAGGUCUUAGCAGGGCUUCCCUCUGCCUGGCCUGGCCUGGCCCUGCCCUAACGGGAUCCCCACAAACCCCUCUCUCGGCUCUGCCCUCCUAGCAGCACCGGCCUCCUCAGAGCCUCAGGGCAUACGAUGGUUUCAGCUGCUUCUGACACCCUCCAGCCCCCACUCCUGCCUCUCUGGGACAGCCUCAGUCAUAAAUGGCCAGAAAUUGCUCCUUCUGGUUCCUGCUCCUCCUUGCACUUGCUUGAGAAAAUCAUCUGGGAAAAGCAAGCCUAGGAGCCUGAAGGGGGUGUGGGAAGUGGGGGCCCCUCCUCAGCAAAACUUUCCAGAGGAUUCUGGCAGCAGUUUCCAUGGGAACACAUGGGGGUUCCCUUCACAUUGCAAGAUGUGAGUGUGGGGCCUGGGCCGGGGUAGCCAGGGCUCUUUGGCCCCAGCCCUCACAAAUCUGAAAUCUAGUUGCAGACAAAACCUGCUCUUUUUUUAAACACAUUCCAAUUUAAAGGCCAUGCUCCAUUCUAAGGAUGCCUCUGGGAUUUCAGGGAUGGAUUUUUAUGUAGUUCAAUAGUUUUCUUGGCAGACAGCUCAUCCAGGAGAGGUGGGCAGUUGCCUCAGCCCAGGCAGGCUGAGUGGCUUUCUCUCUGUCCCUCCAGAAUGUCGGGGGAUGGCAUUUGCCCACCUGAGGGGCUUUCCCAACCCUGAAUCCAGACUUCAAAAGUUGAGUCCAGGAGCGUGAAGCUGGAAGACACUUUUUUUCCUUGACCUUUGUUCAUGAUUAUGGCCUCAGAGCCUUGACUGAGAGUGGGUCAAGCCAUCCUCUCUGUACUUGGUGUUAGCACAGGUUUUUUUUUUGUGUGAUAUGCAGGUGACACAUGCAGGUAACAGAGGCAUAUGUUGUAGUAAAACAUUAAAACUCCAGCAAAAUAAAAUUCCCUGUAAUGCACCUGCCACCUCUCAGCCUCCAUCCCAAUCUCCUCCCCGGAGGUAACCAGCUGGGUCAUAUGGGAGUGCUUUCUUCACUGCUGUUUUUAUUGCAUCUGUGUACAUAUAUGCGAACAUAGAAAAUCCACGGCGUUUGUGUGGGCUUCUGAACAGCUCAAAUGGAACCAUUCCGUAGGUGUUGUUUGCACUCUCUUUGUGCACGCGGCCCCACGUGGUGGGAUCUGCCUGAGACAGCACAUUGGAGCCGCCAGACUCUAAUUACAGGGAAGGAUGCUGUGGAACUGUGGAACGGAUGGGCCCUAAUUUAAUCAGGCCCCCAUUGAAGGGCUUUUCAGUUGUUUACGAUUUUUCAGCCUCACAUAAGGUGCUGUAGGGAACAUCCUGGUAAAUGCCUCCUUGGACACAUCUGCAAAACUUUCUCUGCAGGGAAUGACUAAAAGGGAUUCCUGGGGUCCAGGGUGUGGAAAGUCACUGUUUUAACAGACGCUGCCAAAUCGUGAGGCACUGAGGUUGUACUGGUUUCUAUUCCUCCAGUUUUUAUCUAGAAUAUCUCAUUUAAUCCUGAGGAGCUAGCUACCGGGCUAAAGGUCACACAGCCCAGAAGGGGUAGGGGGUAAAAUGGUGGGCAGGCAGAAAAGGCCAUCAAGGGGAGGCAUGUGAUGUUUCCAGGACUGGGGAAGCUCAUGGAAGCACAAAUUUCCUUCAGAGAUGGCUUGUCAGCCUCGCACUACUCCCUACAUCCAAUUUCUCAAAAUUGUGUGGGUGUGGGUGUCAGGGUGGGGGAUCCUCCUGCUUCCCUGUGGUCUCUCUCCUUGGGAAAAUUGAGGCAGGUCAGUAGAGGCUGGAGAGUCCUGCUGUGAGGUCUGGACAUCCUGACCCCAAGCGUCUCCUGGAAAGUCCCAGGCAUGGCAUGCCUGCAAGUGUGGGCUGCCUCUCAGAAGCUUUAUAAUCCAGGAUAAUGCCACUGUAAUUGGCCUUGUUUUGCCUUUACAAUCCUCUCAUUAUCUGAAAACCUACUUUGCAAAUGGUUAUGGUGGGUUUUAUUUUACCACUUUGUGGACCUUGAAGGGCUGAGAGGAUAGGCUUUUCUCUCUCCUCCACACCCACCCCUCCCCACUCCCCAGAGACUCUGGCUGACCUGGCCUUGGCUCAGCACUCUGCCCUGCACCUGGCUCCUCACUACCGGCCUAGGCUAAGGAUUACUCUUCUCCCCAGGACUUGUAGCAGCUUCAAGCCCAUUCAUCAGAGCCUCCCUCCAACCCCUCCUCCUCCCAGCCUUUCCAAGUCUCUGCACCAAACAGAACUUUCUACAGCACAGAUGUGACGAUUUCACCCUCCUCUUGAAACCCUGUGGUACCCUUUGGUUCUGGUCAAUUCAUUGCAAUAAGAGGGCCAAGCUCAUUUCCAAUGGGGGAAAAAUAGUCUUUCCAACAAACGGUGCAGCGAGACCUGGACCUCUACAUGCUGAGGAUGAAGCUGGACCACUACCUCACACCAAACCUCACUGCGGAUUCCACAGUCCACAGGAUGGAGGCUCAACCCCUUAGCCCCCCCUUAGGCAAGGGCUCUUGCCACCCCUUUGUUCUUUCAACAUUUAUCAUUUGUCAUGCUUCGACUAUGUACCAGGUCCCUUGCUGGGGAAAAUAGACAGACGGUUCUAUCUUCACAGAAUCCACAAGCUCAUUUCUGAUCAGCUCUUGCUGGACCAAAGUCACCCCCACGCCAUCCAUGCUCUCGUCCACAGCUGUUGCACCCCAAGAUACCAAAUUCCUCCCCUCUCCGGAGCCGAUGGUCCUUCCAUUCUCCCUGCGGAGGCCCUGAGCCCAUUUUUUGCCUGUGGAAUUCCUGCUCAAAUGCCACCUCCUCCAUGAAGUCUUCCCAAAACCCUCUCCCCCACCAAGCAGUUUAUUCAACCCUCUUCUUGCUCUCUCCUGUGCUGAAUCAGUUCACACACACCCAUCUCCCCAGGAAGCCCUGGGCUUCCUAGCAUGGCAAACACCUUAUUUGCUUCUCUUUGUCUGUGCCUGACUCCUAGUAGGGGCUCAGGAGUCAUUUGUUAAAAGAAAUAAAUGAAUUUCCUUUUCCUUU